AUGCGUGUACACAUCUUGUCACUUCCAAGGCUGCGCAUCCGGCCGGUACAAAGAGUAAAUAGGACCUUUCUCUUCUUUGCACCUUACUCGAUCCCCUCGGAUACAUGUACCGUUGACAAUGGCGGAUCCAAUUCAACCUCCAAUUGCUCGGCAAUUCAUACAUUGGGACAGUACAACUUACGCUUUGCAGACCAGCAGGCUAUUGCGCUAGGGAACGAUAUUAAGAUCGUUUCCCUCGAUUGGUUGACUGAUUCGCGCGAUAAGCAGACGCAUUUGGACGAGAGUCCGUAUUCGCUUGCUUUGCCGGCUCCGGGGAAGCCUUCGGUAGACGGUACUGGUCCUCGAAGAUCCGGCAGGACUACUCAGUCGCAGUCCCAGUCCCAGUCUCAAUCCCAAUCGCAGGUCCAGUCUCAGCCUCCAGCCCAAUCACAGCCUGCAAAGACCAAUGGAAAAGCUAAGAAGACGGCUAAAAACAAGAAAGAUGAUGAGGAGGAGGAUGAUGCUGCUGAUCAGCCACCUGCGAAGAAGCAGAAGGCUGAUCCGGCAGAUACCAAAGCCAAGGCUAAGGCAAAACCUGCCAAAGAUACCAAAGAUGCCAAAGAUACUAAAGACUCCAAGCCUACAAAGGCUACAAAAGAUAUCAAGGCUGCCAAUGAGUCUGUCCUUAACGUCCCUGUUGAUGAUCUGGUUCCAAACAAAGGUAAAUUGCAUAAACAUUCAUUCAAUGUCAACCAGUAUCUAACAUCAUUUCCCAUCUAG